AUGGGCGGGGCCAUGCUCAGUAAAUCUUUAAUCAAAUUUUCUGUUGAUGGGCAGGGCUAUGUUCCCUCUCUGUUAUUUGACCUGAGGCCAAACCAUGGUGGAAGUAAUGGAGGUAAUAACAGUCUCCUUCCAAAGUUCCCAUGCAUGCACUGCUACACUCAGUGCCCCCAACCCUGCAGCAGGCCACCGCUGACCCACUCCUCGGGCAGAGACUCCUGGACACACAAGUCCGGACAGCCUCCUGUGGGGUCACUGGUCCUGGUGCACAGGGUUCUGUUGUGCCCUCUGAGAGUCUACUUCCCAGUCCAGUGUAAGUUCUGA